CGUGAUGUGUCAGUACGAGGACUGUCUGUAGUGUUGAACGGAGGAGGCGCUUCUGUGCUCUAUAAGCGUAUGUUUCCCAAUAGAAAAUUUCCUGUUGUCAUACCCACGCACCACAGAGACGCGCGCACGCUCACCUCCAUCACUGGAAAAGCGCGUGGAGUUUUUACGGAACAUUCCCAAAAUAUCUGCUCGCUAGCGCUGCUCUAAAUCAAUUCUGCCUCUAAUCAAUUAACCCGAACAUAUUUUUAGAGGACAUUCGCCUUCAAUGUUUUGAAGUAACGAGAUAUGUCCGAUGGUCUGUGUGAUAUCAUCAGGUGCAUUAAGAUGACCAAGGAGAACUGAAAGAGAUCCUGGCGCCUCCUCAAGGUUUCUGUUUCUCUGUCUACUGUCUGCACUCCUCUAUGGGUUCCCGAAGUCAUGGGUUCUUCCACCACCAUCAUCAUCAUCACCGCAGUUCAGUGAUGCCCACAGCUGUGCCUCGACUGGUGCCCGAGACCAGCAGCCUGUUGGGUGGCAUCGCCCAGAUCACCCCUUCCUUGUUCCUUGGCCGUGGGAAUGUGGCGUCGAACCGCAGUCUCCUCCUGUCCAAAGGAAUCACCUGCGUGGUAAACGCCACCAUCGAGCUGCCCAACUUCAACUGGCCGCACAUGGAGUAUGUAAAGGUGCCACUGGCCGACAUGCCUCAUUCUCCGAUCUCACUUUAUUUUGACAGUGUGGCUGAUAAGAUCCACAGCGUUGGCCGCAAACGUGGUGCCGUCCUGGUGCAUUGCGCGGCUGGGGUGAGCCGAUCUGCCUCGCUUUGCUUGGCUUACCUCAUGAAGUACCACAGAGUUUCCCUGGCUGAAGCUCACGCAUGGGUCAAGGCCCGGCGACCCGUCAUUCGUCCUAACGGAGGAUUCUGGCGACAGCUUAUUGACUACGAGAGGAAACUGUUUGGCAGGAACUCUGUGAAAAUGAUCCAGACACCAUAUGGGGUCAUGCCAGACGUGUACGAGCGGGACCGCAGAAACCUGGCACCUUACUGGGGCUUGUGAAGAGGAGUUUUGGCUUUGGUUUAAGCGUAGAGGAGAUUUAACAGGUCCGAUAACUGAUCUCUGACUUUGUUGUCUCCCGACCUCUUUUGAAAUGUAUGCAUGUUUCUCCAGCAAGAGAAUCAAGUGAGAUGUGAGUCCUUGCCUGGGUGUUUGUGUCCAUUUUUGAGAUGGACAACGUCACUUGGAGUCCACUCUUUUAUGAGGUUAGGAGUGAUAGGGUCAUUUUUUAAUGUUGAACUGAUAUUUUAGAAGCACUUUGGGAACCAAAUGAGGUGCUCAGAAUCACAUAUUUGCCCUUCCAUAAAAUUGUGCUACUGUUGUCUUAGUUCUGCUGUUUCAUUUGAUGAGAAAUGCAGCAGACUGCUCUUGAUUACUGGUAGCAUUUGAGAAAAAAAAAAAAAAAGUUGUAUUCCAAUGUAUAUCUUUAGCUUUUGUGCAGAAAAAAAAAAGACAAUAGUUUUGAAAGGUCUUAAGAGCCACAAAAAUAUUUACAAGAUGGAUAUUUUACAAUAUUAUGUGAGUUUAACAGAUUUGUGUAUAUUGAAUAUAACAGGAAAAAUCUAUCUUUAAAUGACAUAAAAAAAAAAAAUAAAAAAAACAGUAGUACUCCAAAAAGGACUAUCAACAUUUUGAAAGCUUUGGAAUAUUUUGUUUAUAAAAAGCAGAUUAUUAAAUAUGGCGGUCACUGUCAUUUUUUCAAUUAAUUUAGUCUAUUUGGUCCUUUUGCAAUUUCAAUUGUUUUGAACUUUAAGUCAUGACUAUUUAAGUCAAGAUGUUUCUUUAAAAUAUUUAAUGUAGUGAAGCAGAGAAGACAUCUGUCACAGGACUCAUAGCAAAGCUUUUACUAAUUCAUAUUGGAAAACCUGAAUUUAUGUUAAAGUGUUUUAAUUAGUGUGUUCAAAUGAAUAAAUAUUGUAUUGUUGCAUUUGCUUAGUUCAACUGUUUAGUUGACUUUGUUCCAACUGAGUUUAACUGUUUUCAAUGUAAUGUUUACCUUUUUUAAAUGUACUCUCUAAAUCUUCUAUCCUUGCUUAAUGUGAAGACAACUUCAAGCCAUUUAUAGGUUGAUUUCCCAAAAACUGUACAUGCUGUGGUGUUAUUAAAACAUUGCAAAACAUUGUUUAACACACCAAAUUACUACACCUAUGUUAAAGGGAUAGAUCACCCAAAAAUGAGAAUUCUUUCAUCAUUUACUCACCCUCAUGCCAUCCCAUGUAUAUUCUUCUGCUGAACACAAACAAAGAUUUUUAGAGGAAUAUUUUAGCCCUGUAGGUCCAUACAAUGCACGUGAAUGGUGACCAGAACUUUCAAGCUCCAAAAAUCACAAAGUCAGGAAUCCAUAUGCAGGGUUCUCACAGGUCCCAAAAAAAGGCUGUUUUAAGGGUUGUAAGUUGGGUGCAAUCACAGUUUCACUUUUUUUACCUUACAUCUAGCACAACAGUCUGGUUCCGGAAGUAAAAAACCCAUAAAUUUUUUCCAUAGGUGAAUCAUUUUUUUUUACAAUAACUAAUGACACACCUACCAUGACCUCCAAGGUUUUUAAUUAAUUGUAUAUUCU